CUUCUAUCAGUCACACAGCACUCUCUGUGCACCCCCAACAAAACUAGAGAGGAGAUAUGAAAGCCACAAAGAUCUCUCUCCUUCUCUUCGCGCUCGCCGUCUUGGCCGCCGACUCCGCCCACGGCGCCUCGUCCCCCAGCGCGCCGGCGCCGGCCGUCGACUGCUCGAGCCUCGUGCUGACCAUGGCCGACUGCUUGUCCUUCGUCUCCAACGGGAGCACCGCCGAGAAGCCGGAGGGGACCUGCUGUUCUGGGCUCAAGACCGUCUUGAAGGCCGACGCCGAGUGCAUCUGUGAGGCCUUCAAGAGCAGUGCCCAGCUCGGCGUCGUGCUCAAUGUCACUAAGGCCAUGUCUCUCCCCGCCGCUUGCAAAGUGUCCGCCUCUUCUGCCACCAAGUGCGCAUUGUCCGUAGCUCCUGCGACUGCUCCAGCUCUAUCUCCAAGCUCUUCACCAACUCCAAUAGCAAUGGCGCCGGGCCCCACCGAAGGAUUGAACGAGCAAGCGCCGGUCCCAGCUCCAGGCGGUGACUCAGCAGCUGCCCUUCUCUCCAUUCCUUCUGCAUUUGGGGUCACUGUUCUCGCAUCAGUUGGAUGGUUGCUGCUUUGAACUCGAGGGGAACUAUGAUGCAGUUUUGGGUGAAAGAUAGAACAUGGGGUUGCUGAGGGACUAUAGACAAAAUCUUCAUUUUGUUGAUUUGUAUUUGUGAGGUUCUUGAGUCUUCUUUUCCGCUGAUGGUUGUAGUUGUAGGGUAAGGAUUCAUUGUGUGGAACUACUCUUUGAUGGAAAUAUAUUAAUGAGGUUUCUGGAAAUCA